AUGCCUGCUUCAAGCGCCGACGAAACCUCCACCGCAAACACCGCUUAUUCAUCUGGGGAUAACACGACGGGGAUCAUGACGAACAUAUCACUGACUCCUCGAGCUUCGCUCGAAUCAAGCACGACCGUCACUCCUCCGUCCCAACAGAAUUCCAAUCAUCAGCAUCACGAUCCCCAUUCACCACCCUGUUCCCCUCCCGGGUCACCUGAUCAUGAUCAUGAACACAAGCCGUCUUCCGCCGAUGACCAACAUGAACAAAAUGAUCAGCAAAAGGUCCACGACCAAGACCCAGAACUACUAGUCUCAUCAGGUCGAGCCCCAGAUCAUCAUGAAGCUCAAGAAGACUCAGUGCCAGAACAAAAAGAAUCCCAACUAGGCCAACCCCAUCAACAACACAAACAUUCAUCAACUUCAUCAUCAACUUCAUCAUCAGUAUCUUCAACGUCGUCAUCAGCAUCAGCCGAAACCAACCCCAACCAAAACAACAAAGACGAAGACAAAACAGCCCUCAACGAAUUCAUCACCCGCUCCCGCUCCUCAACACUCUACACGCCCUCGAACAACGAGCGGGACGAGCAGAUCCGCAUCGCCAUCUUGAUGCGGUGUCUGGGCAUGGAGGAACGGUUUCAGGUACAGGCUGCUAGGUAUUGGGGGCGGUUGCAGUGA